GUUCGAUUUGGCCUAAAAAUAUCUCAGCUUGUAGAUGUGGAUGAGAAGAACCAACUCAUGACCACUAAUGUGUGGCUCUGGCAGGAGUGGGUGGAUUAUAAGCUGCGGUGGGACCCAGAGGACUAUGGUGGUAUAACUUUCAUCAGAGUGCCAUCAGAGAGCAUUUGGUUGCCAGACAUUGUGCUGUAUGAGAAUGCUGAUGGGCGUUUUGAGGGCUCAUUAAUGACCAAAGCUAUUAUAAAGUAUAAUGGUGCUGUCACCUGGACCCCUCCAGCCAGUUACAAGUCAGCCUGCAUGAUGGAUGUGACAUUUUUCCCAUUUGAUCGUCAGAACUGCUCAAUGAAGUUUGGCUCCUGGACGUAUGAUGGCACAAUGGUGGACCUGGUCCUCGUCAGUCAUCAGGUAGAUCGCAGUGACUUUUUCGACAAUGGUGAGUGGGAAAUUCUGAGUGCUACUGGCAUUAAGGGCAGACGGCAGGACGGCAGACUUUCCUACCCGUUCAUCACCUAUUCCUUCAUACUGAAACGACUUCCUCUGUUCUACACCCUAUUCCUGAUCAUUCCCUGUUUGGGGUUAUCCUUCCUCACUGUGCUGGUCUUCUAUCUUCCAUCAGACGAGGGUGAGAAGGUGUCGCUGUCCACCUCUGUGCUCGUUUCACUCACUGUCUUCCUUCUGGUUAUUGAAGAAAUCAUACCGUCCUCAUCUAAAGUCAUCCCUCUGAUUGGCGAGUACCUGCUCUUUAUCAUGAUCUUUGUCACCCUCUCCAUUAUUGUGACUGUAUUUGUGAUAAACGUGCACCACCGCUCCUCUACAACCUACCACCCAAUGGCCCCAUGGGUACGAGCGCUCUUCCUGCAGCGCCUGCCUCAGCUGCUGUGCAUGCGUGCUCACACAGACCGAUACCUGUACCCUGAGCUGGAACCGCAAAGUCCUGAUUUUAAGCCCAGCAGCAGGAAAGCACGACUAGGCUCUGAGAGUGAGGGUCAGGCUCUGAUCAACUUGUUGGAAAACGCCACCUGUUCCAUCCGCUACAUCUCACACCACAUCCGCAAGGAGCAUUUUAUCAGAGAGGUGGUGCAUGAUUGGAAGUUCGUGGCUCAAGUGCUGGACAGAAUUUUUCUCUGGGCCUUCCUUACUGUUUCUGUACUGGGCACUAUCCUCAUUUUCACUCCUGCUCUAAAACUGUACAGUUCUUCUUCUCCAUCAGCACCAUAA